AUGGUUGAACGUUUGCUGCCGACCGAAAUUAGUGAAGCAAAAUAUACCAGAUUUCAAAAGCAGUACAUGGCGCUGGCAACCAGAUUCGCUAACCUGGACGCUGCCAUUCCGGAGUGCCGUGUGUUUCGAUACAAACGGCAAAGUGGCAACUACGCGGAACUGAAAAUCAUGUGCAAAAGGAUGCAAGAUUUGCAGCGAUCGUUCAUGGAAUGGGCGUACCAUUCGGCCGAGCGCAGUUUGAAGCGGAAGUAUCAACAGUACGGCUUCCGUUGGCGGAAAUACACUUCCUACGCGGACUUGUUCCUGAAAUGGGCUCGCUACCUGAUCGCUUACGAUUCAGCUACCUACUAUCCAGUUGGUUACAUCUUUUUCCGGUUCGUUGUUGCCAGGGGACAUACGGCCGUAACCAUUCACGGUUUGCACGUGGAGGAACAGUAUAGAAACCAUGGUUUGGGCACACAUCUGAUUAAGACGCUCGAAAUUCUUGCCCAUCGAUUGGGAGUGGAGAUCCUGAUUGUAGGAGUGGCUCGGCGUGAUACAGCUCUGAAACGGUUCCUUCGCAGGCAAGGGUUUGUAGCAGACAAGAGCGAAAUGUCGGUCAAUGCGGAAUAUGAAACACUAGUAGCGCCUACCAUGUGCUACAAGAUCAUGGCAGCACUUCGCGAAUCUGCGAUGUCGCUCAAGUAA